AUGGGGAGCAAGAACAAGAUCAUCGACAAGGAGAUUAAUCCCUUUGUGGACAAGUGGGAAGAAGAAGGACAGUUCCCAGCACAUAAAGUAUUUAAAAUCCUGGGACAGGCAGGAUUCCUUGGUGUGGAUAAGCCAACAGAAUAUGGCGGCAUGGGCUUGGACUUCUCCUAUAACAUUGCAGUGGCAGAAGAGCUGGGAAAUAUCCACUGUGGAGGUAUUCCUAUGGCUAUUGGAGUGCAAGCUGGCAUGGCUACUCCUGCUCUUACAAGGUUUGGUUCUGAUGAGCUGAAAAAACAGUUCCUCGUACCAACUAUAGCUGGAGAUGUUGUGGCUUGCUUGGGAGUCAGUGAAGCUGGAGCUGGGUCAGAUGUUGCAAAUAUCAAGACGACAGCUGUGAGAAAAGGUGAUGAAUAUGUCAUAAAUGGUGGUAAGAUGUGGACUACGUCCGGGUGCCAAGCGGACUGGAUGUGCCUGCUGGCAAACACCAGUGAAGGACCUCUCCAUCGAAAUAAAUCUCUCCUAUGUCUGCCAAUGAAUCUACCUGGCAUUCAUGUUGCUAAAAAGAUAGACAAACUGGGCAUGAGGUCAUCGGACACAGCUCAGAUCUUUUUUGAAGAUGUAAGGGUCCCCAGCAAAAACCUUAUCGGUGAGGAAGGAAAGGGUUUUACGUAUCAGAUGUUGCAAUUCCAAGAAGAGCGGCUGGGGGCAUUAGCCACUGUCCUGACACCGCUGGAAACUAUAAUACAAGAAACUAUUGACUACACUCGCCAGCGGAAAAUGUUUGACCAGUCCGUCCUGCACAACCAAGCCGUGCACUUCCGCCUGGCCGAGCUGGCAACCGAAGUGGAGCUCCUUCGCUCGCUGCUGUACCGUACCGUUGCUCUCUAUGUGGAAGGCAAUGAUGUGACAAAAUUUGCUUCCAUGGCUAAGCUAAAGGCAGGUCGUCUGGCCCGUGAAGUGACUGAUAGCUGUCUCCAGUUUUGGGGAGGAAUGGGAUUCACCAGCGAGGUUCUGGUGAGCAGGUUUUACAGAGACUUGCGAUUACUGUCAAUAGGAGGUGGCACAGAUGAAACCAUGCUUUCCAUCAUAUGCAAAUACAUGGAAACACUUCCAAGCAAGUGACACAUCGCCACCCUUCCUUGGAAAUUAAGCAAGCAAGAGCACGGCUUGUACUGCACACUGAAGGUAACAGCCAGUACGUGUUUUAAGGGUAAAAUAAGUAGAAAACGUAACAGUAAUUUUGCCAAUGAACCGCUUAUCAGGGUCUUUGUCCAUUACCGUUCUACGUGUUCUCCAAUAUCAAAUUUCUGUUGAUACGAAGCAGUCUGAAAGCAUGUGGCCUCCUGCAAAUUUUUUUCCUUUCUCUAUGGGUUACUUUUUUGGGGGGGUCUAGCAAUCCACACUAAGCACCCAGGGAAAAUGUCUUCUUUAAUCGAGGUAUAUCUACAUUUUAGAGCAUCUAAGCCACCAAUUAAGAAACUUAACUUCCAUAUGGAUACAGCUGUGAUUUCACUAGUAGCCUAAUGUAAUUUCAGUGUAACUUUGCUUUCAAGAUCAGUAAUUAUGGCACAAAUUAUUCCCUGCUUUAUUCAAAUACUGGAACAGUGAUUUUGCUCUCAAUUACAGGUACUUGCUCUAUCUUUCAGUUUUAGCAAGUAUCAUCAAAAUGAGCUCUGUCAUCUUUGCCAAGUUCACGUCGACUUGUACUACACUGUCAUGGAUGUUUGCUGCUGGGAGUGGGGUUGAUUUUUAUUUGUAGAAUUCUACGAACAACUGUUUAAUCAUAUCUGAAGCUUUUGGAGGCCUGAACUGAGGUAUCAUGUUUUGUGUGUGUAAUUAUUAAAGAAAAAUAUUUUAAAAAACCAUGUUAAUAUGAAAAUUGUGUGUUAUUACUUAAAUGAGAGGGUACAAUUUAUGUUAUAUGCCACAGUCACCUUAAAGCCGAAAUGUAUACUAAGUAUUUUCAAAAUUACUGUGAUUUGUUACACAAAAAGUCUCACUGAAAUAUACAUCUGCUAUGCUAAGCAUAAAUUCUUAAUUUGAUCUUCUUUAAAUCUUAUUUUUUACGUUUACUUGCGUAUCAGCCAUUCCUUCAAAACCAACAUCAGCAACUCUUCCUAAAGCAGCCAUUUAAGUCAGAAGACACAACCUGCCUUAUUGCAAACAAAAUCUUCAGUGGAAUUUUCCUUCUAACCAAGUGGAUGCGUUAAGCAUUUUCUAAGGAAUCUCUAUGAUACUGUAAGGUUAGCAGUUUGAUAGUUAAAAGAUUAUAGUUUCUUCCACCUGGAAAUAAUCUGUAUCAUUGCCAGGUAGAGUCCAAGUUACACUGAGAAAUGCAAUAUAUAAAUAUUGUGUAAAAAUUACAUACAAGAUUUCAAAACCAAGAAUAAACAUAACUGCAGUAUUCCCAUGCAGCUGCUAUUAACUGCAACUUUGUAAAAGUACAAUUAAAUGCUACUAGUAUUUUUCUAUCCUAUUGACUGUGUAUUUUACUCUACAAGAUCAUACUACAGCAUCCUGAAAUCUUGCUAUUUGUGAAUCUUAAGGACUGUCAGAGUAAUACUUUUCUACCAGAAAAUAAGCAGUAAAGCAAGUACAGAUGCCGAGGAAAAUUCUAAGGCUACAGUGCAUGGUUCCCACCAAUUGCCAUUCCCCUUCCCAAGUGAAAUAUUCUCAAAGCAGUUUCACCUUUACAUAAGUCACUAUAACUGUUCUAAGCAAACUUGCAGGAUUUCAGUUCAGGUUUUAAACUGAAAAUCAACCUUUUACUGGAAGUGAAGAAAGGGAAAUGUCCUACAUCCUGUACUUGCUCCAAAAUUAAAAUAACAAAAACAUACAGAAAUAUGUCCCAGUUUUGACUAUGUAGCUUUCAGUUACCUUUCAGUUCAGAAAGCUCACGUUAAAUGAGCCUAACGGAGUUGUGUUUUAGCACUUAAUUAAAAUAGCCCUUGUGUGUUUUCUAAUAAACCUAGAGAUGU